AUGGAUCGUUUGCUCAGACUGCUGGACAGUCAACAUACAGAGGCCGGAUCUGCUCCGCCAAACCACCCUUAUUCACCGAAGAACAUUGUCUUGUCCGGAUACAGGGCGAACGACGCUACCGAUAUCCAGCUGCUCCUGACGUUUGCGUUGGCGUGGACGCCCAUCUUCGCAACGACGUGGAUGGCAAUGGCGUGGUACUGUCCACGGCUGAAGCUCAGUGACCGUUUGACCGUACUGUGGUUUGUCCUCUGCGGUACUCUUCAUACAUUCUUCGAGGGCUACUACUUGCUGAAUCACGAACAUAUGGGACAGUCUAUGGAUGUCUUCGCGCAGCUAUGGAAAGAGUAUGCACUCUCUGACUCCCGGUAUCUGACGUCCAGUACCUUUGUACUGGCGGCAGAAGGUCUGACCGUCGUCUUACUGGCUCCACUCUCCUAUUCGAUGGUCUUCCUGAUUGCUACGUCAAGCCCAUAUCGAACAACAGUGCAGAUCAUGGUCUGCUUUGGACACAUGUAUUCGGACACGCUGUAUUAUGCCACAUCAGGGCUUGACUACUACUUGCAUGGUGUCAACCAUUGCCGGCCAGAGGCAUACUACUUUUGGGUCUAUUACGUGGCCAUGAAUGGUGUGUGGAUGAUUGUACCUGCUGUGCUGCUGCUUCAAGCGGUGAGGCGGAAUGCUCAAGCCUUCGCCGCAUUAGAUCGCAUAUCAAAGUCGAUGCAUACAAAUGGUCAGCUGAAGAUGCCAAAUGGAUUGUGA